AUGAAGAUCGCUGCCCUCGGCUUUACCGCUCUCUUUAUGAGCCAAGUUCUACCAGUCAGGGGAAACCUCAAGGAAGUCUGUGAACACCCUAAUGGUGCCUGCCGGUCAAGUUGCAUUGAAACUGAAGUCUACGUUGGGAGAUGUCUAAAUAAACGACAUUGCUGCCUGCCCAUGGGAAAUGAACCCAGACUUGAGAUCGGACCAAAGAACUCAAGCCUUUCGCUUGGACCCUCCAUGAUUUAUUACGGCAGCUCUGAGAUGCCAUUGGAGAAGGUUUAUGGUGCAACGGGCAGUGGCUAA